CUCCCCCUGACGGCUCUGUGUACGUGAGCGAUCCCGAGGCCCACCAGGUGCUGCGUCUGGAGAACACGGAGGGCGUGACGGACCCCUUGCGUAACACCGUCACCGUCGUGGGCUCGGGACAGCGCUGUCUCCCCGGGGAUAGGAACCAGUGCGGGGACGGAGGAAUGGCGAGGCACGCGCGCUUGACCUAUCCCAAAGGCUUGGCCAUCUCGUCGUCGGGUGAAAUCUACAUCGCCGACGGGACGAAUAUCCGCGUGGUGAGUCCAGCCGGCGAUAUCCACACGCUGAUCGGAGGCCACGACCACCGCUCCCACUGGGCUCCCGUCCCUUGCAACGGCACCAUCAACAUCGACCAGUUGCACCUCCGCUGGCCUACCGAGCUGGCCAUAUCUCCUCUCGACGGUUCCCUUCACAUCCUUGACGACCACCUGGUGCUUCGCGUCACGCCUGAUAAUCGAGUGCAGGUGCUGACGGGUCGGUCUCUGAACUGCCCCUUGCCGCCCCACGAGCCCUCAGAUAUGUCCCAGACGGCCCUGCUGCUCAACCCUCAGUCCAUUGCCUUCUCGCCGCAGGGUGAGCUGUACAUCGCGGAGAGCGAUACGCAGCGGAUCAACCGCGUCCGCAUCAUCACCAGCGACGGCCGCAUCAGCACCUUCGCCGGCGCCGACCCCGGCUGCAACUGCCGCGACGCCACCUGCUACUGCCACACCUACGACAACGUGUCGGCGACGUCGGCGAUUUUCUCGUCGAUCUCGUCCAUUUCUGUCACUCCCGACGGCGUCCUGCACGUGAGUGACCAGGCAGGGUACCGCGUGCGCUCCGUCAGAUCCCUCCUGCCGGAACUCAACGAGCGCAAACAGUACGAGAUCUUUUCCCCCGACACGCACGAGGUGUACGUGUUCAACCGCUUCGGCCAGCACCUGGAGACCCACAACCUGGUCACGGGCCAGACUAUCUACAAGUUCUCGUACAGCGACAACUCCAACACGGGCAAGCUGCUCACAGUCACGGACUCGGCCGGCAAUCGCUUCCAGAUCAUCCGCGAUCGCGUCGGCUUCGUCAAGGCCAUCGAGAACCCGCAGAAGCAGCGCGUCCAGAUCACGCUGUCCAUGAUGAAGAUGCUGCAGCAGCUGGUGGCUCCCGACGGCUACAACAUCACCUUCAACUACCACGGGGCGACGGGAUGCAUGCGCUCCAAGGUCGAGGCGGUGGGCAGGUCCUACAGUUACGAGUACGAUGCCCAGGGACGCCUCAUCCAGGCCGUCCUGCCCACAGGCCAGGUCAUCCACCUCAAUUUUGACCUGAGUGUGCGCGGUGCAGAGGUGACUGUGACCAGGGAUGGCAAGGAACCUGUCAUUACAAGACUCCGAGGCAACACCUUCAAUCAUACAUCAGGUCCCGUGGAAGCUCUAGCAGAGAUGGGAGGUCAAGGGCCGCUGAGAAUCCUGACCGCGUGGAAGCACGAGGUGUCGCUCGAACGCACCUCCUACCGGGUGCUGGAAUCGACGAGUCCCACCUCGGCCGAGAUGUUCCCCGUUCUGUCCCGCCAGCAGACGCACAUCAGCGGCAACACGGUCAACCGCUACGAGUGGAGCUAUUCGCCCGCCACUACAACCGACAGCCACAAUGGCAUGAAGGUCUCUGGCACUCUCAGGGUGAACGGAGCCGACCUCCUGACCCUGAGCUACGACCCUGUGUCUUCCACGGAAGCGCUUCUCUCCGUCUCGGGUCACAUGCUCGUUAACAUCACCUAUGACCACCUCGGCCGACCCAUCCGCUGGGUGCCCGUGGCCCCUCUGGUGGCCAGUAACGUCACCUACGACCACUGGGGCCAUAUCACCAGCUGGGUCAGGGGGAACCUCUCCGAAGACUAUUAUUACGACGACUUCCUCAGGCUGGUGGCGGUCGUAUACGCCGACGGCAAGGAUGUCAAGUACGAGUAUCGCAGCCACUUCACCAAGCCCGAGAAGGUAACUCACCCGAGUGGAAGGGCCUACGGCUUGGUUUAUGAUGACGCAGGGUCUCUUCGGGAGGUUGUAACACCCCGCGGCUCCGCUUAUACCCUUCAGCUCUCUACCUCCCUCGGCUUCUACAGGUUGAGGCUAGCAUUGCCUAUUGACAGCAUUGCUCUACAGAUGCGACUGGACGAGCAAGGGCGCGUUCUGGCCAUAACGCUGCCCGGACGCGGCGGCACGCUGCUCUACGAGUACAACGACGCUGGCCAGGUUACCGCCGAGCUCUACGGCCACGGCCUCACCGAGUACUCCUACUACGACACGGGCCUCAUGCGCAACGCCAAGACGAAGCACAGCCACUUCGACCUCCGCACCGACUACCACUACCAUGGCGGCCUCAUGAAGGAGAUGAAGCUGCGCUACGGCCCCAAGAGCAACCUCCACAACGCCAAGCUGCGCUUCCAGUACGACGGCUCAGCGCGCUUGCGCAAGGUGGAGGGAGAGGUAGACUCCACGCCUCUCACGGAAAUGUACAUUCGCUUCGACAACCAGACGGGAGUCUUACAGGGCAUCAGUGACCUGCGCAUUAUCAGGAACAAUAUCCUCGAAACGAUGAUUCAGAAUCCUAAGAAACACUACGUCAAUACGCGCAAGCAGGACAACUACGGUCGCCUCUCCGAGGUCUUUAUGACCCUGGGAGAUCGGAUGGUGUUCCUCAUGCAGCUGAAAUACGACAACCGCAACCGCAUAUCUGAGCGGCUGAUCGAGGUGGCCGGGCGGCGCGAGGGACUCAACAUCACGUACAUGCCUGACGGCCAAAUCCUGGGCGCCAACGGGAAGGUCAUCUGGAUGUACAGCUACGACGAGAACGGAAACGUCAUCAGCUACUCGGAGAAGAGCUUCCGCACGAAUCUGCAGUACGACGAGUGUGACCGCGUGACCAUGGUGGGCACGAGCGAGGUCGAGUACGACGAGCGCGGCUUCGUGAUCCGCAUCGACAACCAGAACUUCGACUUCAACACCAAGGGGCAGCUUGUGGCGGCCUGGGACAGGGAGCAGACCUGGUCUUUCAGGAUUGGCUACGACCACUUCGAUCGCGUGUCGGUGUACCAGGAUCACCACGAGAACAUCACCCAGCUCAUCUACGGGCGUCCCGACCAGCCACACCUGGUGACUCACCUGCACAACCCGCGCACCGGCGCCACCACGACGCUCCUCUACGACGACAUGAACCACCUGAUCGCCGUCGACCAGCCGGACGGACGGUACUUCGUGGCGACGGACCAGAACGGAACCCCCAUCGCCUUCUUCAACGACAUGGGCCUCCUCAUCCGGAAACAGGCUUGGAGUCCCUUCGGCAAGUUGCUGGACGCCUCCGGUGAAAAUAUGUGGGUUGGCAUCGGUCCCUGGGGAGGCUUCCUGGAGCCUGUGACGGGCAUAGUGGUGCUGAAGGGCCACGCCUACCACCCGCAGCUCCUGCAGUGGUUGACUCCACAGUGGGGGCACCUGACGCAGACCACACGCCAUGUGACGGACGUCUUUGUCUACAGGUUCAUGAACAACAAUCCGUUCAAUCCGCAAGACCGACUCCUCAGGCACUACUACACAAACGUAUCCGAGUGGCUGGAACUCUACGGCAUCGAGCUCCGCCUGGUCCUGGGCUCUGAGUAUCACGAGGACACAAUGGUGAAGCCCCGCGCCGUGGUCUCCGUGGACACCCUGGGCGCCUCGGAGGUGGUGAGCGGCCUCUGGUGCCAGUACCGCGCGGGCGUCCGCCACCUGCACGGCCUCAGCUUCUUCUCGCAGUCGCACAUCCAGCGCCAGAUGGGCACGUGGAACGGCGCGCCCAUCUCGCGCCAGGCGUCCAUCUUCGGCCCGGGCGUGCUGGUCUCCAACAUCGAUGGCCGAGUGCUCGUCACCGGCGUCGGCGACGACGACUUCGCGGGCGUCAUCGGCGACGUCAUCCGAACCGUGCUCAACAACUCCAUCAUCCUCGACGUGAGCUCCACUCAGAACGGCCUCGACACCUUCUACUUCAUCAAGGACAACCGCAAGCGAGCCGGCGAGGACAUGCAGCAUCUGCGGCGCCUCUCGGGCAUCUUCAACAUCUCGGACAGCGAGACGGAGCGCGGCCACGAGAUCCGCAUGUCCACGCCCACGGCCAACCUGGUCAUCAUGUACGGCGAGCGAGUGCAGCGCGCCCGCAACCGAGUGCUGGACGAGAUGGAGCAGCGGGCGGCCAGAGUGGCGUGGCAGCGCGAGGUGGCGCUGGUGAGCCUGGGGCGCCCUGGCACGCACAACUGGUCCCCUCAGGAGGCGGCGGAGCUCGUGCGCGAGGGCCGUGUGCCGGGCUACGUGGCCACGCACCUGCACCCGGCCUCCCGCUACCCGCUCCUGGCCGCCGACCCCUCCAAUAUCAUCUUCAAGCACGAGACUUCCCGCAAGCGCCGCAAGAGCCGCAGAAAGGGCCGAAAAAGGAGCUGGCGGCAGCGCAAGAAAGGUGGUGCAUACGAGCAGACAUGAAGAGCUAAACGCUACUAGGCUUUAGCAGCAAUGCUGUACCGCUGAACUUCCAGGCAUACGCUACUGAAUCUGCCUUUGUCGACAGAUUGUGAUAUAAUUGUACAUAGUAUAUGUAAACUUAACAGAGUUUCGAUAUAUACGCAUACUGAGUGCGGUUUUGUUCUUUCUAUAUGAGGUGAAUUAAGAAUGUAACUUUCAUUAUUAUCAUCAUAUUAUAUUCGGUGUUCUUGAGAACCCCAACUGAAACCCAUAUAUCAAGUAUGACGACUUUUGAUGUUCCUUUCAUGUGGUUUUUACCUCCGACUGUGUCAUGCGGUAAUCCUACUGUAAAAAUAUGUCAUGUAUUAUGUAAAGUAAAAUAAUGAGUUUUUAAUAAACAUUUCGAUGUACAUUUAU